CUCGUUAUUACGAAAGCUCCCGCAAGCCCGUAAAACUCACGUUCCUCUCUGCUCUCUGCUCUGUUCCCAGCUUCUAGGGUUUUACUCUCUCUCUCUCUCACUCUCCCCCUUUUCUGCAAAAACAUGAGUCGUCAUCCGGAGGUGAAGUGGGCGCAAAGGGUGGAUAAGGUUUUCCUUACUGUGCUUUUGCCUGAUGCAAAGGACGCCAAGGUUAAGCUUGAACCCGAUGGAACGUUCAGCUUCUCGGCUAGUGCUGGUGCGGAGAAUCACCAGUAUGAACUCAAACUGGAUCUUUUUGAUAAGGUUAAUGUGGAGGAAAGCAAAAUAAAUGUUGGCGUGAGGAGUAUCUUCUGUAUUGUGGAGAAGGCGGAGCCAGAAUGGUGGCCUAAGCUGUUGCGCGGAGAUGGAAAGACACCGCAUUAUGUCAAAGUAGAUUGGGACAAAUGGGUGGAUGAGGACGAUGAUACUGCCGCAGGAUCAGGUCCCGGUGACAUGGAUUUGGGAGGGAUGGAUUUCUCGAAAUUCGGUGGCAUGGGCGGCAUGGGAGGCGACGAUAUGGGAGGAAUGGGUGACUUUGAUGAUAGUGAUGAAGAUCUAGAUCUCUCAAAGGCAGAAGAUGAGGCCGCCGAAGAGCAGGAUGCUGUCAAGGCCGGAGUUGGUACUUCGGAAGAGAAAAAGGAAGCUACUACGAGCACAUAAUUCUGCGUUACGGACCUUGACGGGGUCGGCCAAGCUCGCGUGGUUAUGGAGUUUUGUGUUUUCCUUUUCACCUUAAGUUACUAGGGGUGUGUUUUUAUCUAACCGUCCAUCGUCCAUCGUUUUAGUUAGAAAAAUGAUGAGUUCUUGUGUGUUUAGAGAAGUGGCAGUACGGGGGAUGUUGUACUUUUAGUUAUUUGUUUGAUGGAUCUGAAUUUUAAGUCUUUUUUUUUUUUUUUUUUCACCCCGGCCAUUUGAGUUUGAUGGAUAUUUGUUUUGUUUACCUUCUUAUGGGUAAACCCUCUUGCAAAAUUUGAGUUAACUGUGUUUUUAUU